AACACAUAUCAUCUUUCACGGAUAAGCUAUAAUAUCAAUCGAAAGAAAUUCGAAUUGUUGUUACAUAUUAUUAUUAUAACUAUUAUUUUAGAAAUGAAGAGCAUGGGAUUGGGAGACAACACAGAAACCAAAUCAGCUGAAAAAUCUGAUGUAACCAUCGAUAUCACAUCGAGCCAAGUAGUAGCUAAAAACUGUGAAUUCUCUCAAGUAGAUGAGAGCAAAGAGAGUAGUGGUAAUGUGCAACAACCAUAUUCAUCCAUCUUGACUAUCAUCCAUGCAGGUUAUUUCAGAAUAACUCUCUCUCUUGGGGCCCAAGCUCUGCUAUUUGAGAGUCUUAGACUUACUACCACUACAGAGGAAUACUCUUACCAACCUAUUUAUCACAUAUUUCGAAUGUUUCCAUCUUUUGCCUUUCUCUUGCUUUGGACACUCUCACUUUUCACAUUACUUUCACUAUCUUUUCUCUACCUUCUUAGAUGCUUCUUCCAUUUCAACAUGGUUAAAGCAGAGUUCUUGCACCACAUAGGAGUCAACUACUUGUACGCACCAUGGAUUUCAUGGCUUCUUCUGCUUCAAUCUGCCCCUGUCAUACUUCCAACAAGCCUUUUAUACCAAGUCCUCUGGUGGUUAUUCACUAUCCCUAUAAUUGUUUUGGACCUUAAAAUCUAUGGACAGUGGUUCACCACAGAGAAAAGGUUCUUGUCCAUGGUGGCUAACCCAACCAGCCAGAUUUCUGUGAUGGGCAACUUAGCUGGAGCCUUGGCUGCAGCCCAGAUGGGGUGGAAAGAGACUGCACUUUUCAUGUUCUCAUUGGGUAUGGCACAUUAUUUUGUGCUCUUUGUAACUCUUUAUCAGAGGUUAGCUGGGAGGAGUAGGUUUCCUGCUAUGAUGCGCCCUUCAUUUUUCUUGUUCUCAGCUGCACCAAGCUUGGCCAGUUUCACUUGGACCUCCAUCAGUGGAAGUCCUGAUACUCUUUCCAAGAUGCUCUUCUUUCUCUCAUUGUUUCUCUUUAUGUCUCUGGCUUGUAGACCAGCCAUGUUCAAGAAAUCAAUGAGGAGGUUCAAUGUAGUGUGGUGGGCUUACUCGUUUCCUCUAACCUUCGUUGCUUUGGCUUCUUCAAAGUACGUACAGACAGAGAAAAAUCACAUGGCUUCUGCGUUAAUGCUUGUGCUGUCAAUGCUUUCAAUAUUCGUCUUUCUUGGCCUGAUGAUGCUCACUGCGCUGAACACAAACAGUCUUUUGUUCACAAGGUAUUCCACUACUGAAUUUUACUAAUGAUUUAAAGAAGAAGAAAAGAAUAAUAAUAAGAACUUGGGUUAAGAGAACCCAGAUUGAGUAACCACAUAGUAAUAAAUGAUUCCCUUGUUUAAUCAAGCCUAGAGGCAUGUAAUGUAACUCGCUUGGAUACCAUGCUUGUACUCAGACGACAAUAUAUAAAUAUGUAUAUAUAAAAAAGUCCCUUUUCUAUUAAACAACACAUUAAUGGUAGAAUUUGGCAAAAAUUUAAAAUUACAUAUAGACGUUUAGUCAUUUGGUGUUAGGAAUAAUCGUUUGGUAUUUAGUCUGACUUCACAUGAAACAACAGUCUGUCCACAAACAUACCAAUAUAAGCAGUAGAAGCUUUCUAUAUUCUACAAUUGAUUCAAUAUUCUACUUCAGUUCCAACUCAAGUUGAAUUGAACACCAAAAAAGAAAAAAGGUAAAAAGCCCUAUGUUCUGUUUGUUCCUUUAAUUUCUCCACACUUACAAUGACGCAAAGAUGAAAAUUGAAAUCUAAUCAAUCAAUCCAUCAUUGAACUCACAACCAAUACUAUAAAAUGUAACAAUUUCAAAGAGGGAGGGGAAUUUGAAAGAAAUAUAAUUUUCAAGACGUCAGUAUUUCCUUUUCUUUUUUCUUCAAGUAUUUUUCUUGCUACCGGAGCGUGACAAGCUUUGAUCCAAAGCUCGUAACCGGUUGCGUAAAUUUUGGUUUUCUUCUAGUAGACGAUCAUAUUCGAGAAGAAAUCCCUCUGAUUGUUUCCUUAAAGCAACUGCAUUAGCUUCUGCAGCAUGUACAUCCUUGUUCUUCGUCUCAAUAUCAGAUUCUAGCUGCUUGAGUUUUUCCCGCAGGGUUGCC